AUGCCCAGAGCCGGCACGGCGGGAACACUGCUCACCUGUGGCUGUCUGGGGGGUCCGGACCGCAGCUUCCCAGGGAGCUCCUCCAAGGAAGCACAGCCUUGCAGCUUUUCUGCCGCCACAGAAAACUCCAGCGUGGGCAAAUCGUGUUUCAUUAAACAGUGUUUUUACCUGCUUGCUUUUACAUGGGGAGGACAAGGAGACAGCCAUGAAAACGACAGCUGCCCGGAGCACGCGCUCCGGCCCCGCGUGGCCUCGCCCCGGCCGCCCCCCUGGGACAGCGUGCAUAACGCGCGUCCGUAA